CGUUUCAACACACUCGUCGUAGAACUCCACUAGUUUUGUUUUCUCACUAAAUUAACAUGCAGCCCCGCGAUCUUAUGCGCAUUUUAAUAUUAUUCUGCUUGCGUUUUGCAUUUAACUUUUUGAUUGUUUACCUCCAAAAACAUAACGCCGUUCCAGUGGAGCAGAAACGGCUUGGAACCCUCGAUAGAGGCAAAAGCUGGAGGCUAUAAAACUCGCACAGCUGAGUUUUAUUUUGCACGCGACAUUGAAUUUGAUGAGAUGGAAAAAUGCAUUAUUUGCGUAGAUAACUUGAGAAAAUACAAGUGCAGCAAAUGCUCGGCACCCUACUGCUCUGUGGCUUGUUAUAAGACACACAGGGAUUCGCCCCAAUGUGCGACAAGGGAGUCCGACUUGAAAAAGACUGAAGUUGGCUACCAGGAGGAACCUACGCUUCAUGUGCCCUUCCCCACCGACGACACAGUUGCCGCGGAGAAGCUCCAGCAACUAGAAAACUGCCAGGAACUGCGUAAUUUGCUCCACAAUCCACACCUGCGUUCGCUGCUCCAGCAGAUUGAUGUGGCCAUCAAUGCCCAGUCGGCCAUGAUGGCCGCCAUGCAGGAGCCACUCUUCGUGGAGUUCGCUAAUGCCUGCCUUCAAGUCGUCGAACCGAUGACGGAUGCUGAGCGCACUGAAUUUGAGUUGUACUCCUGAAUUAAGUUGACACACAGUCUCAAUAAAACUAAGCCUUUAUUUUGU